CUCCCUCCGCUCAAACACAAAUAGGCUCUUCGUUUCCCAGCUAAUGACGAACAGUUUCUUCAUAGUCACCCUAUAGACAAAGACUUGAUCUUCCUUCAUCUUUGGCCCGAGACGAAGACCAGUAGACUUUAUCAAAAGCGCAAGCCCAACUCAAACGGUUCUCCUCCGACGCUCUCUCCUCUUUUGGCGUUUGGAUUCCAGCUAAUUUGUAUAGGUUUAGGUUAUUGGAUUAUGGCAUGGGGGAGAUCAAGAGAUAGAAUCAGUCAACUUCCCGCGGAUAUACUUGACCACAUCUUGGGAUUUUUGCCAAUUCAAGAUGCCGCUAAAACCGCCGCGUUAUCUUCCAUUUGGAGAGAUGUUUGGCUUAGUCUUACCCAACUGAAUUUUGAUGAUGGGUUCUUUUGUUAUAUUUAUAGAAAACAUCGUCAUGCUAUCAAGUAUGGCAAGAAAUUAGCUGUGAGCUUAUACGUGAUCAACAAAGUUCUGCUGCUGCACAAGGGAACUAUUCGGAAAUUUGUUCUAAAUAUUUAUAAUGUUGGGAUACAUGCAAUUAGGUCUCGGUCUUAUGACUUCGACCAAUGGUUACUUUUAGUCACACGGAAAGGUGUUGAAGAAAUCUACAUCUCUUUUGAAAAAGAAGCAUACAGGUUGCCAAGCUGCGUAUUUUCUUGUUCAACACUUAAGAGAUUGCAUCUUUAUGGUGUCGCUGUUGAACCAAUGAAUUUCCCUUGCAGAUUACCUAAUGUUGCUUCACUUUGCUUUCAAUGGGUUGACUUUGGUCCUAUAAAUUGUGCUAUUGAUGUUCCUGUACUUGAGAAUUUGUCAUUUCUCAGCUGUGAAAACAUAUUUUAUUUUAACAUUGCUGCUCCUAAGCUGUGUAGUUUAACAAUCGAAUCUUGCUCAUCAAACGGGUUAGGCAAAUUUCUCUCGGUUAACUUGUACUUGAGAUCUAUUUCUACUCUUGACUUGGUUGGUUCUGUCAAGGAAUUUGUUAAAGAAUUCACUAGGAUUGGAUUUCAACUAAAUGUGGAAUACCUUAAGCUUUCAUGUUACGAAGAACUCUAUAUCCAAAGUGACAAAUCAUUUUCUGUGCUUGCUCAUCUUCUGCUAUUAUGCCCUAAGUUACGCAAACUGGAUAUCGAUUUAUUUUGGCUCAGGUCAGUGGCUACUGAAUGUAUGAACACCUUGUCGGAACUUCAUGUUGCAGCUCAAACAAAUAAGAUGCUCCAUGCUUUGAAGUUGAUCUCAUUUAGAGGGUCACAUUCUGAAAAGCUUUUCAUUAAGAAGCUACUUGCUAGUUUUUCAACUCUUGAAAUGGUUGUCAUUGUUCGUGACAAAAAUUACUGCAAAAAAUACACUACUGGAAUUAUGCAGGAGCUUUUGGAUCUUCACGUUGCCUCCACAAAAACGAAAAUUAUUAUUGACUAGUUGAUGGAAUGAAGCCUAAUGAUGACAACAUUGUCUGGAUGUUUUGGAAGUAACGAGCGGCUUAGUUUAGCUCACACACAAA